UUAAUAUGUGAGUUAUAAGUAACGGAAAUCACUGUCUUUGGUCCAUUCGUUUCCUGCAAAAAUCAACUUUUUUAGUGCUUUCUUUUUUUUAAAUACUUCCUCAUUCGAACUAUAAUGUCGUUGGCCAACCCUGAAAGGAACACUAACUUUAAAAAAUAAUUGUUUGUCAAAUAAAUAAUGACAUUGACAAGUAUUUCUCGUGUAAAAUUUGUUUGGCGCGCAAAAAUGUUGUGUUCAUGUUGUUUUGUGCGUGUUGCAUGUGAUGUGCCCAUAACUUAUUAUAGUACAGUUUUGAUCUAUUUAUAAAGACACUUAUAGAGAUCAUAAAACUUGGCUAAUUAUUGUGAAUUCUAACUAGUCCUAACAUAAUAAAAAUACCACGCAGAAUCUGGUUAUGUGACUAACAGAAACAAAAAUGACUGAAAUUCUGUCAUCGGAAGAAAUAACAAUGUCUUCCGUAACAGCAACCUAUGAUCUAGACACAUCAUCAAAAAUUUGUAACGAAUCCAUGUCUGAAGAUAAUAAUGUGAAUAAUGCACAAGCAAAGGGAUCGUAUGAUGAUUAUCACCCUAUAAGUAUUGUAAAAAAGAUCCGAAACCGCUCUAAAAUAUUUAAUGAUAGUGAAGAUGAACAAGAAGGAGUGAAUAUACACAAUGAUACAUUGCAAUCUACUUCUAACGUUAGUAGUGAUAGUGAUGAUUAUACAAACUUAAUAAAACAAAGAUCAGGGAAAUCGCGAUUAAAAAAAAUUAAAAGUGACGAGUCUGAAUCAGAUUCGAGUAACAUUCAUGAAAAAGAAAAUAAGUUGAUUAAUGAUAGAGGCGAACUACAAAAAAGAAUCAUAAAAAAACGAAAUAAAUUAAAAGAGAAGUUUCAAAACCUCAAUGCUAAAGACAAACAAGAAGAAACAAAAGGUGAAAGUUUAACAUAUCAAAAUAAUAUCAUUGAAAAUGAAUCACCUGGUUCAAGUGAUGAUGAAAUUACUUCUAUUAAUGAAAUAAAACAAAAAAUAAAAGAACGAACAAAUACUUUAAAAUUGUCUAUAUGUGAUCCUGAUACUUCAGAAGAUGAAAGUAACCAAGUGAGGUCUGUUCGAAAACCAAAACAAAUUCAAAAGAGAAUGAAACUUACUUCUCCAAAACCACAGAAGAUGUCUGCAAAACAAGCAUUAGAAAAUAUGCAAAAGAUCAAAAGUGAAUCUAACCGUAUGCUUAGAGAGAAAGAAGUUACAUUACCUUACCACAGACCAAAGACGUUAAGUUUGAAAGACAUCAUGAGUAGAAGGAAACCUGCUGUGUCAACAGAUGGUAAAAUUCUACCUAUAAAAAUGAACGAAGAACAGUUAAAACAAUAUGUGUUACAGUUAGAACAAAGGCAAAAAGAAAUGAUAGAGUUGUGUAAAAGUGACACAGAUGAAGAAGAAACUGAGGUAUUAGAUGACAUGCAACAAUCAGACCAUUCUGCUGUACAAUCUUCUCUCUUAGUGCCUGAAUUAACUGACCAAGGAAGUGAAUCUGUAGCUUUAGCUAAUUGUGAUAGUUCCUUAAUAAUAUCAGAUAAUGGAGUGAAUUCCAAAGAUGAAAUUGAUGCUACUAAAUCAGAUAGUUUUUUGAAACCCAUAGAGCAAUCAAUUGCCAUCAUUAACACAUCUCAUAAUAAUUUAGAAGUUAUUGAACAGAAAGAAGACAAAAGUCAAACAACAGAACUUGAUGAAUCUAAUGAAAGUUUGCAAAACAAUUCUGAGGAAAUGGAACUUACAUAUAAUGAUUCUAUUGAGACACAAAAUGAGGAAGAUAAUUCAUUGAAAGAAAUAAAUAUUAUAAAAAAUAACCUACCCGAAGAAAAUGAAAGUGGUGUGGCAAUACAGUCUAGUUCUUCUAAUCUAGACACGAAUACUACAAGUUUUGACACAAAUGACUUUGACGUUUUGAAUGGAGUACAAAACGAUAAUUUAACAGAAAAAGAUAGUCAAUUAAUUUCAUUGCAUUAUGAUACAAAGUUAAAUGAUUCAGAAACAUAUAACACUAACACUAAAGUUAUGCCUUCUGAGAUAAACAACAUUAGUCAUAAAUUUCCUAAUCACAAGGGAAUGGAUAUUAAAAAUGUUGAAGAAAACCCAUUCUCAGAUGAUGACAUAGAGAUGGAAGAUUUAAAUAUGGAUGAUAUUGAUAGUAUUAUUGAAAAUGCGUCCACAGCAAAAGUUGCAGAUAAUGUAUCUGAUACAGAAUUCAAAUCACAUGGAUAUGGUAAACAAGACACAUUGUCAUUAAAAUCAAAACCAAAGCUAAUGGGUAAACCAGGAAUGGUUAUAGAUUUAGAUGACAGCACAGAUACAUGUCCAAAAAAAUUGACAGGUGUAGAAUUGUUGAAAGAGAGAUUUACAUUUUUCGCUAAACUGAAAACUCCAGAAGAGCUGGAAAGAGAAAGAGAGAAAAGGCAAAAACCUGGAACCCAACAUAUAAAACUGAAGCAAGAACUUGAAGAGAAGAUAGCCGAGCAGAGAUCUCUUGAGUGGGCAAAACGUUUGGAAAAUGAAAAUCAGCCGCAAAAAGAAGUUGAUGCUGUGGUAGGCAAUAUAUCAGAUGUUGAAGAUGAUAUUGAUAAAAUAGAAGCGAAAUUAGAAGAGGAACAAGGAGAUAGUAUAAGCUCUCCUUCAGAAAGUGAAGAAGAAAUUGAAGAUGACGUAUUAAUUGAAGAUAAACCGAGAAAGAAGAAUCCUCUAUUUGAAGAUGAAGCUGAAGAAUCUGAUGUAGAUGAGACGGUAAAAAGUAAUGAUGAGAUAGAAAAUGAUGCCGACAUUUAUGAACAUAAUAGUGUUGAAAAUGAAGAUCUUAGUGACGACGAAGAAUCCUCUGAAUCGGAAGAUGAAGAGGAGAGUAAACCGAAAAGAGGUAGAAUAUUAAAAGCAUUUGAAGAUUCCGAUGAUGAAGAGGCAAAUAAUAAAAUUAAUGAAAGUGAACAGGCAAAAGCAGAAAUUAUCAAAGACGGAAUAGACAAAAUAAGAAGCCAAACUGAUAUGGCAGAUACGACAACACCAAUUGACGUUACCAAUAACCCAGAAAAACUUAGAACACAUAUCAAUGAUAAUAUUAGUGAAUCCCAAGAUGAUGAUCUCCAAUUAGCUCAAAUUCCCAAAACCAAUUCUGAAGAAUUAUUUACAAGUCAGGAGAGUAUAGUUCAUAACAAAAUUGUUCAAUCUGUCAAUGACGGCAGUGAUGCAGAUUUAGGAUCUCAGACGUUUUCUAUAUUAAACCAUGAUACUGUUGUAAAAAACGUCUUAGGAAUAGAGCUAAGUAGUCAAAAAAAUUCAAGUGGUAUAUCUGAAACACAAUUAUUGGAUGAUAAUUUGGAUGCAAUAGUAAGUAUGUGUCCAAGUUUACCCCUAAAAUGCAUUGAAUUUAAUCCGCCAUCAAUGCAAUCGCAGAACUCGCAGUCACAAGUGAUAGGGGAUGAUAUUUUAGAUAUGUGUACAGGAAAAUUUUACGAUAAUCAAUUGGUUUCACAAACUGACGACAAUGCUGCAAAUGCGAGCAUUGAUAUAUCGCAAGAAUACACACCAGAUGUUGAGGAAGAUGAGAAAAACGAUGAAACAGAAAAACGAGAAAGUAACAUACUGAAAUCUGUUCUUGAUGAAUUAAAUGACACUGAAGUAAAAUCUUCUAAACCUUUGAAGUAUUUUUCAAAUGGUAUUAGUAAAAAUAACGUGAACAAUGCUCAAAUUAAAAGGAAAUUAAUCAUAGAUUCUGAUGAUGAUGUUACUGAGGCAAUUGAAGAUAAUAAAGAUAAAAAGAGAAGAAAAAAAAGGAAAAAGCUUGAGAAACGUGCAUUGCAAAUUUCAGAUGAUGAAGAAUGUAGUGAACAAGAAAAUGAAGAUAUUAUGCCUGAAAAUGAUGAAGUUGAAAAUGACAAUGAAGAAAGAUUAGUUGAAUAUGAUUCUGAAGAGAAUGAGAUAGAGGUGAAGCUACAGCCGAAGAAGAAACGGAAGGCGGUAGAUUUCUUCGAGCAGGAAGCCGAAUUGACUUCUGAAGACGAGUGGGCGGGCUCCGGUGACGAAGAUGAAGCCGGCCUCGACUGUAUGGAGCGAGAAGCUGGUGACGACGACACUUUCCACCAGGGGGCGCUGCAGGCUGAGCUGGGGCAGAUACAUAUGCGAAAUGUACUAGAUCAAGAUAAGCGUGAAGUGAGAUUAAUUCAAGAGUUAUUAUUUGAAGAUGACUUGGGAGGCGGAGGGAGACAGCGGAAAUUCCGUUGGCGGAAUGCAGACGGAGAGGAAGUCACUGGCACGACAUCUAACGAAUUGACUGAUACACAAGAAGAAGAAUUCGAAUCUGAAGAACAGUGGCGGAAACAGAGACACGAGAGGGAAAUGUUCCUGAGACAAAUGAAAUCUGAAGAGGAAUCAGAGAACGUUCUCGAUGUUAGCAUAAAUCGAUCGACUAUAAUUAAAGCUAAUCUGUUGUCUCGAACUAUGUCAAGCAUAAUAGAAGAAAAUAAGCAAGCUCCUGCGGGAACAGUUCAAAGCUCAGCCGUUCCUGAUAAAAAGAUCACAAAAGAUAUACCGAGCCCUAAGAAACCAUUCUCGGUGUUUCAGCAAAAUUACCAUGGGUCAUUGCUGACGCGAGGCCGCGGGGCGUUAGCUAGGUUAGCAGCACUGGCGACACCUUUAGCAGUCGACGACGAAGCUCAGAAGAUUGGUCUCAUCGCGGCAUCUAGCAAAAGAAACUUUGUUUUCGCUGCCAUAACCCCAAAGGAUGAAACCAAGGUACCUAAGAGAAAGGCCGAUACAGAUAUUGGAACCCCACGACUUCUAAAGAAAAUGAGGAAAGAGAGCAACAAUCAGCUCAGAAAGAGUCUACUAGACCAUUUGAAAUCAUGAAAUCAUCAGUUUUAUAUUUAAGACGUAACUGAAUUAUAUGUAAUAAAUUUUAGGUACAUUAUUGAUGAUAGUUUUAUAAGCUGUUGACCUGUAGUUAUAAUUUAUUUUAUUUUAUGAUACAUAAAGAAAAAUGCA